AUGACGAUGAUUCUACGAAGAAAUGCCUUCCUUUGGGUAUCGAUUCUUUGGCUACUCGGAUGCGCGCAGAAUUUGAAUGCUGACGAAUCGGUUGGACAAACAAAGCCAAUAACCAUGAAUCCGACGAUUCUUCGUCUUCUCGAGAAGGUCAACAGCACUUUCAUUCGACCCUUUAUCGGAAAUGGCACUCUGAUCGAAAUCGUCGAGGGAUACCUUCCCGACAGUGUUGGAUCGAUACCUUCCUUCCGGUCAACGGAUUCAGCAAAUCAAGCGGCCGCCGUUGCCGCUUCUCCAUUUCUCAAUACAUUGACCAAUUUUUUGCCGUCAUUGAGGAAACUCCCUGGGCUCAAUCGUGGACAAUUUCGAGGCGCUAGCGGUGUCUCCGCCAAUUCAGAGUUAAACGCGGCAGUGGACCAAUUCACGGCUCCGCUUGUAAGAACCGCGACCAAGAACGGCCAACUGAGCCCUGUUGAUCUGGAGCAGCUUUUGAAUUCUAUCCCAAAUCUCUUAGUAAACCUCCCAGGAUUUGGGAAGGAGUUUGACAUCAACGAGCUUGAUCCAAAAUUUAUCAAGAGCUUGCUGAGCGGUCAAGGAAUCCUUGGCCUUCCAAGGGAAACAACCGACCCCUUUGUGAAGCUUUUCACGGAUAGGAUGGUUGACGCAGCUCAGUCGGCGCUUGAAGGACGCUCGACUCCGGAAAAAGAAAAAUAUCUUCCACGCCUUGACAAAAUACCAGAAGAUAUGAUUGGAACAGUACUCGGUGGCGGAAAUCUUCCCGGAUUGUCGGCAGAACAAACUAGGAUUGUUAAGGAGUACUACAUGGAAAAAGGCUUUGCACCAAAACAUCAAGCCAAUGAGCCAGAAGUCAAUGUCUUCAAACAAAUGCGUGAACUCCUACCACCUGAUUACAACAUCAGUCGGCUUUCAAGGGAGGUCAUGCAGAUGGUAAUGAAUGGUGAUAUGCCUGAGAUACAAAUGCUUCCAGCCGAUGUUCAAGUGUAUUUGAAGGACAACUUUGAAAGGGUUCUCGAGGUGUUCUCCAAAAUUAAGGGAAAUGCUUCCAUCGAUGGACUGAUCAAAAAAAUGCCCAACUUUGAGCGACCUGCUUUGAGAACUUUUGAUCCAUAUGACUUGAAUGGUGUCAAUCAUGAACUUCGACUCAAAGAAGCCGAUGAAGAAAAGGCUCGAAAAGUUCGACUCUAUUCUGCCAUUGUCCUCGGAGGAGUUGCGAUUGUGACGAUCAUUGUGUUGGCCUUCCUCUACGUUCACGCCAAGAAUCGCAUCCCCAACCACACGUCCUGUCAUCCUGGCAGUCCUCCGUCAAAGAAAGACAACAUUCUGCUUUCUUCGACAAAAAUUCACCCUCAUGUGCAA